AGGCGGAGGCGCAACAAGCUCCUUGGACGCCGAAAUAAGUACACUAUCUUGAUUUUCCCUUGGAAUUGGCGAAACUCAUUUAUGGGUACAUAGCCCUGGACUAUCAGUUGAACAUACGUAGCGCAAAAGAUAUGGUGAUGGCGUGGUCAUGUGUGCAGCCAGCGUUGUGUGUGUGGAGAUGGUUUUAACAGACGCUGUUCUGGAGGACUCAGGAACACUGCACUGGCCUGGAGAAGCCUCUUAAACAAAAAACACCUACACACCACACACACUUUGAAGACAAGAAGAGUUACACUUACACACUCCGCCGACGUGCUGUGAGAAAGGACACAGACACUUAACACUAGCUUCACCUGAAGCAUACAAACACAUUUGCACAUCCUCCGUGUGUGUGUGUGUAUGUGUGUGUGCGUGUAUGUGUAUGUGCGUGCGUGUGUUUUUUAGCCUUUCUACUCAAACGUCAUUUCUCUCUCCUGUGUGAGAGCGUACAUCGCAUUUCUUCUGCUUGUCCCAACUCCACCGCAACAAUGCCAAGCUCCACCAUCCGCCGGCAGAUGAAGAACAUGGUGAACAACUACUCUGACGCAGAGAAGAAAGUCAGAGAGGCCACCUCCAACGACCCCUGGGGCCCGUCGUCUUCGCUCAUGUCCGAGAUCGCCGACCUCACUUACAACGUGGUGGCCUUCAGCGAGAUCAUGAGCAUGAUCUGGAAGCGGCUAAACGACCACGGCAAGAACUGGCGCCACGUCUACAAGGCGCUCACCCUGCUCGACUACCUGAUCAAGACGGGCUCGGAGCGAGUGGCGCUGCAGUGCAAAGAGAACAUCUUCGCCAUCCAGACGCUGAAGGACUUCCAGUACAUCGACAGGGACGGCAAAGACCAGGGCAUCAACGUGAGGGAGAAGAGCAAGCAGCUAGUGGUGCUACUCAAAGACGAGGACCGCCUCAAAGGAGAGAGGUCUCAGGCUUUGAAGACCAAAGAGCGUAUGGCCCAGGUAUCCACAGGGAGCAGUCAGAUGGGAUUUGGUCGAGGCUCAUCUCAGCCCAACCUCUCCACUUCCUACAGCGAAGAGUACGGCCGGUCCGAGGGCUCACCUGCCUCCUACCACGGCUCCACGUCUCCCAAUGCUGGCUCAGAGCUGGAGCAGGCCAGACCUCAGACCAGUGGAGAGGAAGAACUACAGCUUCAGCUGGCUCUGGCCAUGAGCAGAGAGGCUGCAGAGCAGGAGGAGCGCAUACGCAGAGGAGAUGACCUGAGACUACAGAUGGCCUUGGAGGAGAGUAAGAAAGAAGGUCCAGGCUCAGCGAAACUGGCCAAGAAGAAGAAAGAGCCACAGUCAUCUUUGAUGGAUCUGAUGGAUGUCCCAGAGCCUGGCGCCACUGCUGACCCCUGGGGUGCUGGUGCUGGUGCUGGUGCUGGUGCCGGGGCCGGUGCCGGGGCUGGGGCUGGAGCUGGUGCUGGAGCUGGAGCUGGUGCUGAAUCAGCAGACCCUUGGCAGCCUUAUGGCUCUGCCCCUAAGCCAGCAGCCCCAGUGGACCCAUGGGGUGCUUCUCCUUCUGUUCCACCCAUGAAGAGCCAUGAUCCCUGGGCACCAAACUCUACUCCUGCUUCUGACCCCUGGGGCUCUGCAGCCACUCGUCCCAAGGCUUCCAACGCAGAUAGCUUUGACCUCUUCAGUGCAUCGAACGGUACGUCCAAAGAGGACUUCUCAGAGUUUGACAGCCUGCGCUCCUCCUCCUCUGUCCCCACCGGUGAUGGGGGCGUGGCAUCCUCUGUUCCCUCCCAAGCCAGCCUUGCCAGUAGCAGCAGCCUGGACCUCUUCGACCCCCUUCCCACCUCUUCAAACCCAACUAGAAAGACUCCAGAGUCCUUCCUGGGUCCCAAUGCUGCCCUGGUCAAUCUGGAUUCUCUGGUGACCAAACCAGCUCAGCCACCACCAGUCAUCAAUCCAUUCUUGGCCUCAACAGGUGGAUCUGCUGCACCUCCAGCAGCCCAUGCCAACCCCUUCCAAGUGAGCCAGCCAGUUCCACCAACCCUCAACCAGAUGCGUGUCAGCCCCAUGCCCGCUGGGUUCGGCGCCAUAGCUGAACCCAUGGCCAUUUCUUCCCUGCCUGCUCAGCCCAUCGCCAUGGUCCCUCUGGCAGGAAUGGCCCCCAUGGGCCGCAUGGUGCCCGGAAUGGGGGCUGGCGCCAUGGGAGGGGUAGGUACUAGUGCGGGGAUGAGCGUUGGCAUCCCGGCCUCCAUGUCUAUGCCUCAGCCCCUCAUGAGCAUGCCUCCCCAGGCCGGGACCCAGCCCACUGGAACCACCAACCCCUUCCUUUUGUGAGAGGAUGACUUCCACCCAGAGUAACCUCCUCUCUCUCUUUUUCUCUCUUCCACUUUGGCUCCUUACAAAGCUUCAACAUGAACAAGGAGAUGUCUUAUCCCAUGUAUCCCUUUUAUAACCAACUCCCAGCCAGGUCGUAGUCAAAACCAGGUUUCCUCCUAUCUUAUCAGACUCUCUUCCGCGUCUCUCUCUUUCUCUCAAUGCUACAAGCUGCCUAGUCCUGUGUGUUCCAUACUGAUCUGACGAUGAUGUUGAUGACCACAAAGCAUUUGCAUCUGUCUACAGACUUACAGAGUAGCAGGGGUGUUUACAGUUUUUCCACAGAGGCAGGACCAGACCUAGUGUCUCCUGUCCUCUCAUUCACUCGCCUCCUCUCCCUUAGGACUGCUCUUUUCCUCUUCUUCUGUGGUGGAGUGACAGGAGAGUCUGACUGUACUAACGCCAGGAUCUUAUCUCUUCAGUAGAGCUAAUCUUUUAUAAGCCCUGUCAGCUGAAAGUGUGUGUGUGUGUGUGUUUGUGUGUGUGUG